AUGUCUGCCCGGCCGACAACACCCGCGUCACCUAAGAACUUCAAGGUCAAGUCCCCGGUCCCGGGGUCGCCAAUGUUCGGCUGUGACGUCGACUCCCGAAGUGGCUCUCUCUACUGUCAGAUAUGUGAUGACUUUGUUUGGGAUCCCACAUUGGAGGAGCUCCGAGUGCGAAAGAUAGGAACCGGGUCUUUCUCUGGUCGCAAGAGGAAGCAUGAUGAGCUCUUCCAGGACUCCAUUAAGGAUGACCCUCGAUACAUCACCAACAAUACCACAACCGCCUCUUGCCGCGCAAACGGCCUUCGCGGCAUCUACAACGCUGGUGCCACUUGCUACCAAAACGUUGUCCUCCAAAGCUUCCUCCACAAUCCCCUCCUCCGUAACUUUUACCUCAGUGAUGGCCACCACGACUGCCAGGUUUCUCACUGCUUGAGCUGUGCCAUGGACGACAUGUUCCAAGAUUUCUAUGCUCUCGAGAACACCAACGGCUACACGGCCGCCAACAUCUUGUCGGGGUUCUGGAUUUCUGAGAAGAAGGCCUUUGAGAAUCUGGUAACCACCAAAGAACAAGAUGCUCACGAGUUCUUCCAGUUCCUGGCUGAGGAACUUCACGAGCGCAAUGGCGAUGGCAAGAAGCCCGAGAUUGGCAGCGAACACAGCUGCAACUGCAUCAUGCACCAGACCUUUUACGGCAAGAUGCAAACCACAACCACAUGCCAGAACUGCGCUGGACAGAGCAAUUCCAUCCAAUCCUUCCUAGAUCUAAGCCUUGGUCUCGAGAAUGUGGUUCAGAAACGAAUCAAGAAGACGGGUCUCAAGAAGCCAUCCCUUACUCUACAAGACUGCCUGGACGAAGAGUACAUCAAGUAUGACAAGUGCGAGUAUCGCUGUAACAACUGUAGCUCGAUCCAGCAAGCCAAGCGACACACCAGCAUCAAGCGUUUGCCGAAUGUUCUAUCAAUACAACUAAAGCGCUUCGAAUAUAGGCAUGGAAGACACGACAGGGCAGCCUCCAAGGUCAGCAACGAGGUGCGAUUCCCGCUGCAGCUGAACAUGCUGCCCUACACGAAUCGUGCCCGUAGCCGUGACAGUCGCGAAAAUUUCGAGUUAGAACGAUCAUGCACCUACGAUCUCCUCAGUGUUGUGGUCCAUGUCGGCGAGAUCGAUACUGGCCACUACACAUCGUACUGCCGGGUUGGUGAUCAGUGGUUCAAGUUCAACGACCACAAGGUUGAGAUGGCUAGUUUGUCUGAUGUACUCGGCGCUCAAGCCUAUCUGCUCUUCUACAUCAUCCGUUCCCUCGCUUAA